AUGGGAUCGUCCAAUGGAAAUGGCAAGCAGAUUGAUGGAGUAGGCGGAGCUACCUCGACAACUUCCAAAGUUGCGGUGGUUGCGAAGUCUGAUCGGGCCAAUAUCGAUGUCGAGUAUACCUUCGUCCAAGUUGCUCCUGAUCAGGCAAUUGUUGACAUGACCGGCAACUGUGGCAAUAUCGCAUCCGGUGUGGCACCUUUUUCAUUAGACGAGGGACUUGUAAAAGCGAAACCUGGUCAAUCUGAGAUUGAUGUUCGUAUUUUCAACACAAAUACUGGACAAACAAUUGUUGAAACCAUUCAGGUCUCUCCGGAGGGACUCUUGAGAGAGGAUGGAAAUUGUCAUAUCCCCGGCGUUGAGGGUACCUCAAGUCCCAUCAAGGUAGCAUUUCUCAACCCUGGUGGUAGCAUGACAGGAAAGAUGUUCCCAAGUGGAGCGACCCAGGAAACAUUGACAGUCCAGUCGCGCACUGUGGGGAAUUUCCAAGUGCGAGUGAGUCUCGUCGACGCGGCGAACCCAUUUGUGCUCGUUGAUUCUCGCUCUUUCAAAAUCCAAGGGAACCCCCAGUGGCCAGAUGCGAAUGAUAUAGAGUUCGUAUCAGUCGUGGAGGAUAUUCGAAGAGCAGGUGCUGUGCGGUUCGGAUUGGCUACAGAUGUGGAGAGAGCAAGCGCCGUUCGAGGCACGCCAAAAAUCGCGAUUUUGUCUCCACAUACAGGAGAAGGCUCGGAUUUGGAGGUGCUCUCAUUCACGAUGGGUAAGGUGCAUCCCAGUUUGCAACUUACUGGCGCGGUUUGCAUAGGUGCGGCGAUGGCUAUCCACGGGACCAUCGCGUGGGACCUGGCGAAGGAGGGACUGGUGGGUAAGGUUCCUAAACAUGGAAUGGAAAUUGAUGGUCACAAUAUUGCGAAUGCUAUACCUGUUGGAAUUAGUCAUCCCGCUGGUGUGAUACAGGCAGAGACGGUGUUGGGCUUUGAUGGAGGAGAUGUUUAUGUGAAGCACGUUGCAGUCGUGCGAACCGCGCGUCGGCUAUUUGAGGGUAAUGUGUUUUAUAGAGCGUGA